UGAACAUUCCCCGAGAUAAAUAUACCACGCUUUUCAACGGAAAAAAAAAGAGAGAGAAGAGAGAGAAAGCACGAAGGGAGAGCGAAGAGAGAGAAUUAAAGAGGCGAUCUUUGUUGUGUAUAGAGUUUUUGUGGAUCGACACCUGAAUCCGACAGACUUCUUCAACUGACCGGCAGCUUCUCCGGUUCACAACCUGCCAAUAGCCUCUUGCGAUAGAAAGGGGGAAGGAAGAGAUAAAAUCAACUUCAUUUUCGCACUCAUACCCGAUCACCGAGGAAGAGGCAAGACGGAACGGUCCUUCUGCCACUCCCAUUCCAUCAUUUGUACUUUGUGAAGGACUUGGAAUCGCAGAUUCUCAGCAUCAGCACAAGACCGCCAGCACGAACGGCCUUCACCAUCCGAACACGAGUACCUACUACAACAAGUCGCGAUGUCUUCUUCAGUAUUCUUCAAGUUCAAAUCGCAAAAGGAACCGUCGCGGGUUGCUUUUGACGGAACCGGAAUUUCGGUGUUUGAGCUCAAGAGACAGAUUAUCCAGAUCAACCGGCUAGGAGAUGGUUCAGACUUCGAUCUGGCUAUUUUCAAUCAAGACACCAAUGAAGCUUACGACGAUGACACGACGAUAAUACCGCGUUCCACGUCGAUUAUCGCGAAGCGGCUUCCUCCCUCGAAGCCAGGACGCGGUACUGCCCAGCGCUACGUCAGCGGCAAGAUGCCCACUACUGCUCUGCCAAAUGCUGGACGGCGAGAGAAGAACUUUGGCACGACCGCACAGCCUGCCAAGAAGCCUGAAGCAGAGCACAGCGAUGGACACAGCAAUGCGCCGCUUCCGACUGGUCCGGAAUCCGAGGAGGACAAAAUUGCGGCGAUGUUCCAGGCCCAAGAUGAACAGUGGAACAAGACGCAGGAGCAACUGGCAACUGCGACACCUGUCUACCGGGGUGGAAACCAGGGAUUCAAGAAGAACGCGGCACCUGCGCCCAGUCAUCCUCCACCGGCCGGAUAUGUUUGUUACCGUUGUGGGGAGAAAGGCCAUUGGAUUCAGCAGUGCCCAACCAACGCAGACCCCAACUUCGAUGGUCGGCCACGGAUCAAGCGCACGACCGGUAUUCCGCGGUCUUUCCUCAAGACUGUCGAGAAGCCUAUGCCGCAGGCCAACGACGACCCGACGCUCAACUCGUCCAACCCAACUUCUGUAAUGGUUAACGCGGAUGGUGAAUACGUUGUCGCGAUUGCCGAUCAAGCAUCGUGGGAGUCGUACCAGAAGAAGGCCGGCGGCGUGGCGAGCAAGGCCGAAGAACCUAAGGGUAGCAAGGAGCUGCAGGACAGAGGCAUCGAAUGUAGCAUGUGCCACAAGAUGAUGAGAGAUGCGGUCAAGACGCCCUGCUGCAAGAACGUGUACUGUGAGGAGUGUAUACAAAACGCAUUGCUGGAGAGCGAUUUUGUUUGUCCUACAUGUGAUGCUAAGGAGAUACUGUUGGAUUCUUUGCAUCCGGAUAUUGAGACAAGGAAUAAAGUCGAAGAGUACAAGAAAGAGAAGGAAAACGGGGGUGUCAAGAAGGCGGUCGAUGCACCGAUAGCCCAGGAUAAUCACAAAGUUGUUCCCGCUGUUAUCCCCCCCGCUGCGCCUGCCGCGAUGAGGGUCGUUGCUCCUGCGAACAGGUCACCCUCGGUCACUAAGUCCUCAGCGAGCAGCACUCCUAUCCCAUCCACGGCUACCAUGUCAAAGAAGCGCCCCGCCGAAGACGACCUCGGCCCCGAAGUCCCUCGUGGCCCUGCCGCUAUGCGGAACCAGCAGCAGACGAUGCAGCACCAGCAGCAGCACCACCAACAACAGCACCAGCACCAGCAGCAGCAGCAACAACAGCAACAACAGCAGCAGCAACAGUUCCAGAUCCAAAGCGCCUACGGACCCGCCGCCGGCCAGAAUAUGUAUAACGCGCAAGCCUUUCAGCAACAGUACCCCAACCACGGCCAGCAGGCGUAUGGCGGCAACGGCUACGGCGGCUUCAACAACGGCGGGAUGGGCAUGGACAUGAACGGUAUGAACGGCAUGGGCGGUGGCGCCGGCUACGCGUACAACGCCAACCAAGGCUACAACUUCCAAGGCGGCGCCAACAGCUUCCAGCAGCAGCACCACCAGCAGCACCAGCAGCAGUUCAACUUCCCGCACGCAGGCUACAACGGCUACAACCAGGCGGGCUUCCAGCAGCAGCACCAACAGCAGCAGCAACAGCACCAACAACACCAGCAGUUCAACAAAUUCCCCAUGGGCUUGUCGCAGGGCUCCAACGUCAACGUCAACAUCACGCCCAACGCCAAUGGCGGCAUGGGCUACGGGCCCUUCGCGAACCAGCAGAAGACGGUGUUUAGCGAGCCGUUCCCUAGCGAAGAGGACAGUCCGUACAUGCGCAAGCCGGUCAAUCCCCACCGCCACGCAAGGCCGAAGAGGAUUCGCCCAAGCGACUUCAAGGCGGUUGGUGGAGAGAUGAUGUAGAAUGUCAACUUGCUGCCGACGCCGACGCCGGCGGCGGAGGUGGAUAUAUAAAAUGUCCGUGGUGCUGGUGCUGGUGCUGGUGGUGUGUUUGCUUCGCGGGAUGUAACUUACUUUCUUCUUGUCUUUUCUUCUGACUGACUGACUGGCUUUAUGUCCCUUUGCUUGUCGUUGCUUGUCUACUUUGCUUUUACAUAGGCG